GUUGGAUCCGUACUUCCCUAUCACUGCUGAUAGCGAUUUCUAAUCAUAUUUUAUAUAAACCUGAAUCGUGAUUUGACAUUAUCUCAAAACUAAAACAGUGACAUAUUCAACUGAAAAUAUAAUCGAUAAUCAACAUGGCAUUAUAUACAGCGGAUUAUAACUUACUUCGUAAACUGAGUGUAGUUUCCAACGAUACGCUUUCUGUCUCAGACCGAGGGAGUACGACGGCUCCCAGUUUGAUUUCUGAGAGUAGCUGCUUGUCGCAGGUCUGUAAAGUGCAUUCUGGAUACAUGAUUAUGUAUAAAGUGUCGUCAAACUUAUUGCGUCAGUGGAGGAGAAAGCCUAUAUGGGUUUCACUUACACAAGGAAAGAAGCUCGUUCUGUCGAAGCGUGGAACGAACGGCAAAUAUAAAGGGACUCCGAAGAUUUUCGACCUUUCCGACUACAACAAAUGCGAGUUUGUGGGUGAAUCUCAAGAAUUGAUAACCAUAUACAACACCAACCGAUACAGGAGUAUAGACUCCAUUUUGCUUGUUGCGCCUGGUGUAGAAGAAGCGCAAGAAUGGGUGGAUCUAAUAAAUUAUAAUAUAGGCGUGGAAUGUCCGGAAGAUAGUGUACGAAAUGCCACCGAUGAUGCUGAAGGGGUUCGAAUUCCGGAUAUUCGGGUUGCAGUUUGUUUCUGAUACGACGUCAACAAUAAUACUCUUAACCGAAAUAUACCUGACCUACCACCAUAGCCCUGCCGAUGACAUUUGCUCUUGAUAAUCCGCCGAUGUGCGAUGAAUCAUGUGCUGUGUUAUAUAGCACUGAUGUGCUUAUAAACUAAACCGCGUGAAAUACGCAGUGGUAAGCGAUAUGGUAUCACUGACACGAUACGUUGUCACCAAUAGUUUAUCAGGAGUAAAUAUCCCUGGAUUUAUAGACGGUGCAUCUAUCUCAAAUAUACCUUUGCGUGACAAAAUAAUAACAGAGAGUGGAAAGUUGUAGUGUGCAGUUGUCUGAUUACAGUUCGCAUAAUCUGCUUCAGGAUACAUACUGCCUAGUUCGCAAUCUUUUCAAUAAAUCCUAUUGACUGUGAAUAUUAAUCGGGGA